GGGAGUGGCCAACUGGUGCUGCUUUUCCUGAUGAUCCUUCUUCUGCUUAGCUCCCUUUUUCCUUCCUUAGGGGAAGGCUCCUGCCUCCGAUGCUGGCCAGACCUGCUCCCACUGGUACAAUACGACUUAGAGAUACUCUGGGGCUCCCGUCAGCCACCUUUGUAUCUUUCUACCUGCCUUCGAAUGCUACUUCUCAAGAAGAAUGUCCCAGUCAAUCCCCCAUUUCUCGAUCGUGCCCAUCUAGAAGAGGAAACUGCCUUGUUCUUCAAUCACCUACAUGUUGCAAUUAAGGAAUGGCGGUCUGAUAAGACCAGGCUCUUGAACAAAAUUCAGAUCCAUGGGAGGAUAUUUCUUCAGGGUCUGCAGAGGGCAGCUCAGGAGCUAAAGAACAAGGCCUGCAGUCCAUCCUGUGUCCCAGGUCCUCCUGUAGAGGUAGCCAACUGCAUCAGCUGUAAGAAGUACUAUGUGACCUGCAACGACGCCGUUCUUUGUAAGGAUACCCAACUGCCACAGACCCUUUGGAUUGGAAGUUCUAUCAUCUUCAUCCUCUGUGUGUUUGUAUCAACAUUUGGAUCUGGAUUAUAUUACUUCUGGUGGAGGCCCCUGCAGAUUGAGAAGGACUUUGGAGAGCUGAAUGGGCCAGCACCAGGACCAACACUAGCACCACUACCAGCACAGUCACCACCAUCACCACCACCACCACCCCCAACACCAUUACCUCACUCACCAUUGUCAUCCCAACUAUCAGUAACAAAACGAGCACCACCUCUUGAACCAACAGAAUCACUGAUAAUUAUCCCAGUAAAAAAACUAUCUUCUCAAUUACUUUCUUCACAGUCAGGGGAGGAAAUGACCAGAGAAGAAGAAAAGAAAUAAUAUUGGAAAACAACCUUCUGGUGCUAGAGUUCAUUAUAUAAAGAAAUCUAUUAACAAAAUAGAAAAAUUUUGUGAGAGUCAUAAGAGAAAUAAAUAAUUUCAUGUUAAAAA